CAAGCAAGCAAGCUUCAAACAGGCAAAGCCUCUCCACAGCUCUCAGCGCUUCCGAGCACCUUCGCAAGACGGAAGGAUUGGCUGAUGCCGCUCUCAGGCCACUGGGAGAGGGGUGUGUCCUACGUGAGACUCAAGUACCGUCGUGAGACGCGCGCGCCCCGCACGCGCAGGAACUUCAGAAUCAUCUUGUAAAUCUGGAGGCAGCAAUGUAGACAGCAUCUGAGUCUAAAAGAAGCAGUGAUCCACUGUCCUCUUAUUGUCUUGAGAAAGCAUUGUACAUUCAUUCAAUGCCUAACAUUGCAGACUCUCAUCUGGAGAGUGAUUCUGGAGAAAAUGAGCACGGAUCUGGAAGAAAAACUUCAGAAGUUAAUCUACAUGGUGCAGUGAAGCCGUUUUGUGCUGCUGGUGCCUCAGUUGCCACUUUGGGCUCUAGUGGGGACAGGCAUUAUUCAUGGGGAUGUCCUGUGACUCACACCCGAGAGAAGUUCUACACAAUCUGUUCAGACUAUGCUUUUUUAAACCAGGUUACAUCAAUACGCAAAAGCCCAAGUGCUACAGUUAGUGCCUGCCUACAAGACAACGCUGCCUUAAAUGUUGGAAAUAACUCAUCUGGGUUUAUGGGCAUUCGGACUGGCACAUCAGACAUAGUUUACAAUGAAGAUACCAACUUAGAAAGUUUGUCUAGUAGCCUUGGAAAACUUCCACUGGCGUGGGAAAUUGAUAAGUCUGAAUUCAAUGAAAUUGCUCCAGAUUUGAAGAAUCGAGCAGGCAAUAUGAAGAAGCAAGUAAUAAAGAAAAUGUCGGUAGAAAAAAAAAGCAAACAAUACAGAGAAUGCCCACAGCAUUACACCCUUGAAGAAAUAAAACAACGAAAAGUAUUAGACCUCCGGAGAUGGUACUGUAUAAGUCGGCCACAAUAUAAGACUUCGUGUGGGAUUUCCUCUUUAGUUUCUUGCUGGAAUUUCCUAUACAGCACAAUGGGAGCUGGAAAUUUACCACCUAUUGCUCAAGAAGAGGCUUUACAUAUAUUGGGCUUUCAACCCCCUUUUGAAGAAAUUAGGUUUGGUCCCUUUACUGGAAAUACUACACUAAUGAGGUGGUUUAGACAAAUUAAUGAUCAUUUCCAUGUAAAAGGAUGUUCAUAUUUUCUUUAUAAACCUCAUGGGAAGAAUAAGACAGCUGGUGAGACUGCUUCUGGAGCUUUGGCAAAGCUUAUGCAAGGACUGCGAGAUGAAUCAAUGGCCUACAUCUAUCAUUGCCAAAAUCAUUAUUUUUGUCCAAUUGGAUUUGAAGCAACCCCAAUAAAACCUAGCAAGGCAUACAAAGGGCGCCUUUUACAGCAAGAAGUGGAACACUGGAUACUGAUUGGAGAGCCAAGCAGAAAACACCCCACUAUUCACUGCAAAAAGUGGGCAGAUAUCGUAACUGACUUAAAUACUCAAAAUCCUGAAUAUCUAGAUAUCCGACACUUAGAAAGAGGCCUUCAGUAUCGGAAGACAAAGAAGGUAGGAGGAAACUUGCACUGCAUCAUUGCUCUUCAGAGGCUUCACUGGCAAAGGUUUGGUCCCUGGAACUUUCCAUUUGGAAACACUAGACAAGAUUUGCAACCCCAAUCGCAGGCACAGGGUAUAGCAAAAUCUGAGAGUGAAGACAAUAUCUCCAAGAAGCAGCAUGGACGUCUGGGUAGAUCUUUCAGUGCUAGUUUCCACCAAGAGUCUGUCUGGAAGAAGUUGUCUCAUCUUCAUGAAAGGCGGAACAGUGGCUUUCAGAGUUACACAGACUAUGAUGGGCAUGAUUAAAAGGAACUAUUUGUGCAAAAUUUAUUUGUGUAAUUGCUGUCGUGCAAAAUGUUCCUAAGAUAUAAGGCUUAUUAUGCACAGAGUAAGGAAUCAGUGUUCCCUCCAACAGGGAUUCCCAGAUGUUGUUGACCACAACUCCCAGAAUCCCCAGUUGCAAUGGUUUUUGCUUGGGGAUUAUGGGAAUUGUAGUCAACAACAUCUGGGCAUCUCUGUUAGACGGAACACUUUAAGGAAUGGGUAGAAUUUGCAGUACAAAAUGCAGUCUUAGCAAAGUAUGUUUGACUAACAUAAGAAUAGUUAUGUUGGGGAUGUUGAGAGGUAUAAGCUCAAAGACAAGCACAGAAUAUUGUAUGCUUACAAUCCAGUAUAAUCAGCAGCUGACUUGGACCAUGAAAAUAGAGCAAAUCUAGAUCAAAGCCAUUUGAGGAAAACAUAUUACUAGAAGAAAUAGAUAAUACUCAAAGCAUGAGAAUUGUUACUUUCCAAAAUGAUUUAUUACACACACAUUGUAGAAUGGUGGUAAAUGUAUAGAGUGCUUUAAUUUUUAAACACUUCCAAAAAUGCAAUAAGGACUUGAUGGUCCAGUUCAAAACUUAGAAAGCACCAAAUGUUUGUCAGUCUUAUAUAAUUAUUGGGUGGUCUCAGUUUGGUGUCCAUUGGAACAUUGUUCUGUAUGACUUGUUUGUUUGCAUUAACUGGGGACCUUUGUUGGCAGUCAUUGGCAUUCAGCCUGUUAUAAGUCCUGGAAAGAUGAGGUAUCUGCUUGCUCAUUUUUGAAGAGAGGAAGGAGAAAACUUUCACUGCCAGGUGUGCACUUCUGCACCUUUUUAGUGAAUUGAACUCGCUUCACAUUUGAUGGGCUGCUUUUAAACACAUCCCUCCCUCCCUGCCCCACCCUCUGAGUCUUUGGCUGCUAAUCAAGCAGCCAAACCUGCAACCUUCUGUUGUACCAACACUUUCCCCCUCUUGUGCUUUUCUGGAUCCUUCUCCCUUUAAUUAUUUUAUUAAGAAGGGAGAUGCUUUAAGUGCCGAAACACACUGGCAGCCUCAGUGAUAUACCUCUUUGGCCAGCACACUGUUUGUAUUUUUCCAAACAAUCAUGUCAAGUAGCUUUAUUUGGGAGUAUAUAAUAUUUUGUUUUCAUGAAAAACAUUUGAAUAAAAAAUAGUGGGAUUAAGGAAAA